AUGCCGUCUAUAUCGGUGAAAUUAGUCGCCGCUGAGUCGCUGUACAAGAGGGAUGUUUUCAGAUCUCCAGACCCGUUCGCUGUGCUGACCAUUGAUGGGUUCCAGACAAAGUCUACAGGGGCUGCAAAGAAGACGCUGAACCCGUACUGGAACGAAACUUUUCAGUUUAACGAUAUUAACGAAAAUUCCGUGCUCACUAUUCAAGUCUUUGACCAGAAAAAAUUCAAGAAGAAGGACCAGGGGUUCCUCGGCGUGGUAAAUAUCAGGGUCGGGGACGUAUUGGGGCAUCUGGACGAAGACACCGCCGUGAGCAGUAACAGAAGCAGAGAGGAAACGAUCACAAGGGAUUUGAAGAGGUCUAAUGACAACAUUACAGUCAGCGGCCGGUUGAUCGUCGUCUUGUCGAAGGUCGCAUCGGCUGGCGCCAGCAGUGCUGGGAGAAAUGUUUCCAGAACUAGCAGUUCGUCGAACACCGUCCCGAACGGGGGCUCGCCAGCCAUGACAUCCGCAGCGACGAAUGCCUCAAGCCACACGCCUCGCAGAUCCACGACCGCCUCCCAGGCCCAGCAAGCUCAAGCGGUGGAGACUACUUUGCAAAGCGGGAGUAACACGACGGCUGCUGCUGCUGCUGCUGCAAACUCUUCUACAAGACAGUAUUCGUCGUUCGAGGACCAGUACGGGAGGUUGCCACCAGGGUGGGAAAGAAGAACGGAUAACUUUGGCCGCACGUAUUACGUGGACCACAACUCAAGAACAACCACUUGGAAGCGGCCCACCACUGAAGCUAACGACACUUCAGAAAGAAACGCAAACACAGAACUCGAGAGAAGACAACAUAGGGGCAGAACGUUACCCGACGGCGGAUCAAGUAGCUCGAAUAUCAACGGUGACAACAGUGCAGUCUCGGUACAAGUCGGGAAUAACUCCGCUACACCGGCGGUGAACGGUGCUGUCGCAGCUGCCUUUGCAGCGACGGGAGCGACAACUUCUGGACUGGGGGAACUACCCUCCGGUUGGGAGCAAAGAUUCACCCCAGAGGGCAGGGCAUACUUCGUGGACCACAAUACAAGAACCACUACGUGGGUGGACCCAAGGAGACAGCAGUACAUUAGAACUUAUGGUCCAACGAAUACGACGAUCCAACAACAACCUGUUUCUCAAUUGGGACCAUUGCCAUCCGGCUGGGAGAUGAGACUGACUAACACAGCACGUGUCUAUUUUGUGGAUCACAAUACGAAGACGACGACCUGGGAUGAUCCAAGAUUACCAUCAUCACUCGACCAAAACGUGCCACAAUACAAGCGUGACUUUAGACGUAAAGUGAUCUAUUUCAGAUCUCAACCGGCUUUGAGAAUCCUACCAGGUCAGUGCCACAUCAAAGUGCGCCGGAACAACAUCUUCGAGGACGCCUACCAGGAAAUUAUGAGGCAGACCCCGGAGGACUUGAAAAAGAGACUCAUGAUAAAGUUCGAUGGAGAGGAAGGUCUGGAUUACGGUGGUGUUUCAAGAGAGUUCUUCUUUUUGCUGUCUCACGAAAUGUUCAAUCCAUUUUACUGUUUGUUCGAGUAUUCUGCUCACGACAACUACACUAUUCAAAUCAAUCCAAACAGUGGUAUCAACCCAGAACAUUUGAACUACUUCAAGUUCAUCGGUAGAGUUGUAGGGUUGGGUGUCUUCCACAGAAGAUUCCUGGACGCGUUCUUCGUCGGAGCUCUAUACAAGAUGAUGUUGAGGAAGAAGGUCGUCAUCCAAGAUAUGGAGGGUGUAGAUGCCGACGUGUAUAACUCUUUGAACUGGACCCUUGAGAACAGCAUAGACGGUGUCUUGGACUUGACGUUCAGUGCCGAUGAUGAAAGGUUCGGCGAAGUGGUCACAGUAGACUUGAAGCCAGAGGGAAGAGACGUCGAAGUGACGGACGAGAAUAAGAAGGAAUACGUCGACCUGUACACGCAAUGGAGAAUUGUGGACCGUGUACAAGAACAGUUCAAGGCAUUCAUGGACGGGUUCAACGAAUUGAUACCCGAAGAUCUAGUAACGGUCUUUGACGAACGUGAACUGGAGUUGCUGAUCGGUGGUAUUGCAGAAAUAGAUAUCGAGGACUGGAAGAAGCACACCGACUACCGUGGGUACCAAGAAUCGGACGAGGUCGUCCAAUGGUUUUGGAAGUGCAUCAGUGAGUGGGAUAACGAACAAAGGGCGAGAUUAUUGCAGUUCACAACAGGUACGUCGAGAAUCCCCGUCAACGGGUUCAAGGAUUUGCAAGGGUCUGACGGUCCAAGAAGGUUUACCAUUGAAAAGGCAGGUGAGGAGAAACAGUUACCAAAAUCGCAUACCUGUUUUAACAGAGUUGAUCUACCGCCAUAUACCGACUUUGAAGCUAUGAAACAGAAAAUGAGUCUGGCGGUUGAGGAAACCAUUGGGUUUGGUCAAGAAUGA